AUGAGAGGCUUGAAAAGGUGCGGAAUCUCUUUGAGAGCACGUGCUUUGCAGAAGCUUUGUGAAGUCAAUGGUUCAGAAGAUCCACCUUUAUCGAAACUCAUAAAUUCGUUGCCCAUUGCUUAUUCUUCCAAUGUCUCGAAGCUAUACUCAAUUCCAUUAACUUUAAAAGAACUUGAGAUAAUUUUUGCUAUUUGUGAUACUUCCCCACAAGAUCUGGAAACUGUUGAAUCCAUUAUCGAUAAUUUGAUAACACCGUACUUUGUGGACUGUUCAAAACAUAAAUUUACUGAUGUUGUAACAAGUAAAUUCAAGAACAAUGGGUUCAAGAACCCAUUAGAAGUAUUGUGCCAUAAGAUGACAUUUUUCUUAUUGAGAGCUAGUACCAAGUUUUCUAGUUUAACUGGUAAGGUGAACAGACUUUUCAGCGAGUAUUUGAAAACUAUACAAUCCACACUAUCGGUCAAUGCUCUAGUGUCUUUCCUUGGCCAUAUGGAAGCAAUGGCUGCCGGUAUCCAAAAAUCUGACAGAAUCACUCAAUUCCAUUGGGAAUUAGUGUUCCAUUUGAUCCAAAUUUUGAACUCUGAGUUUUUGUUGAAGGCUGAAACGGUGUUGUCGCAAUCGGUAUCAAAUGAUAUUUUAGUUGACUAUUUCGAUAAUCAUCGUGAAAUUUGUGCUCUGAGAUUUGUCCAUUUGUUGGCUAAGGUCCAGGUGAAUCUGCUAACUGUUGUGUUUGAUGUGAAGAAUCACGAAAACUUGUCCGAGUACCUAUUGAUAAUCCAGGACCUUGAAUACCAGGAAGAAACAGGUAACGAAGAGUAUGUGAAAUUCAAACAAAUCACCGUGGAAAACUCUAGAGAGUUGAACAAAAUUGCCUCUAACGCUGCUAAAAUCAUAACAUUAGUUGACGAUGGUGCUCCUUACAUGAACUUGCAGACGUACAAUACAGUUUCAUUAGCAUACAGGUGUAAAGUCAGCAACAUGGAGAUUCUCGCGUUCUCAUUAUUUAUUGAUGAACACGAAAGCGGUAUGUUAUCUACCAAAUUGAUCUCUAUCUCCAUUCAAGAAAUUGAAACGUUACACGCCACCAUUCGCUUAGAAAGUCCUGAAGUUUUGAAAGCAAUUGUUAAUGUCGCAUCGUUGAUGAAUUUCUUUACCGAUAGAUUAUCGGCUCGGUUGCUGAAUGUCUUCCCCUUGAUUGUGUCUUCUCAACAGAUCAGCACGGAAUUAGUAACACAAUUGUCUGCUAACUUUGCUAUUGGUUUGAAGCCAUUGAGCGAAGAUGCUAUUGUAGGCACUAUUUACUCGCUUAAUAAUUUGUUGGCGGUGACAAAGGAUGGCUCCCCAGUUCCCCUAUUGAAAGAGCGUAAGAUGACAGUUUCCGAUAUGAAUGAACUAGAUAAGAUGUUCCCAAGACAAAGAAAGGCUAAUACUUUCACUUCGUUAAAUGAUAUGAGAGUUUACCUUGGCGCUGAGAAUGACAACAGCAGCACUGCUUCCUUAGUCCUCAGCAAAGUGGCCGAAGCAGAAGAAAAAACUUUGUUUGAUACAUCUAACACACAUUAUCAUGAUCAGUUAUUCAAAAAUGCAGUCAUGGCAUGUGUUACAGUGGCCAGGUACUACGGUGAUCAAGCUAUUUCUGCAUUGGCAAUAACAAUCCUAACUCAAAAGUUUAGGGCCCUUUCCACUAAAUCCGACAGAUUGAUCCUUGAAGGAUUGGCUCACAUUUUGCCAUUUGUGGCGGAUAAUGAGUUCAGAAUGCUAUGCAAGUUUUACAACUCGGUUAGUUUACAAUCCUUAAAGGAGGAAAACACAGACAUACUAGAUGCGGUGUUGUCUGCUAGAGUGAUCAUUAGCAAAGAGCUCAAGAAUGGUACAAAAGGUGCUUCUUACAUGUACUAUUUGAGAAGCAUUUUGGAUAUUAUUGUCAGUAGGGGUGAUGUUGAGAAAUUAGAACACCACAGGUCACACCAUGAAAUUUCCAAGGUCGCCGAACAAAUCGCCUUUUUCUUGAAACCAUUGGCAUUACUGUUACCAGUUCCUGGUGAAGAUGUGUCUAUCAGAGAUAUCUUGGGAAAAGAUGCUGUAACAACUUCCGCUUUCCGUAAUAUUUGGUUCAACAUGGUUAUUCAUGGGUUCCAUAUCAAAUCUGAUAUGGCAUUGAAGUUCAGAAGGGAACUAGAGAUUAUUGCAUAUAACUCCCCUCCUCUCGUAUCGGAUUUCCCUUCAAACAAUAAGGAAACCACAUUGGAAAUGAAUACUAUUUUACGUCGUGGUUCAUCUAAUCAUAACGUUAAGGCCCAAAAGUCUUCAAUUCAACAUAUCCUUUCCUCGAAUGUUAUCGCAACAAGAACUAUUUCAACCACGAAAAUCAUGUUCUUAGCUGCAUCGUUUUUCCUUGAAAGCAUUCGUUGCGAUAUUGGCGACUGUUCAACAAUUUUGGAAUAUUUCUCAGAUUCAACUAUUGUUAAUACUAAUUUGGAUAGAUUCCUUGGACCAAUCGCCAUUAAUUUGAAUAAUAAAUAUUUACAAACUGUUCCAACUGGCGAUCUAAAGCUAUUUUCCGCGAAAAAGAGUUCCGGUGAAUUGAAGAAGAUGUUCUUAAUGCUGACACAUAGAGACCUCUUUCUUCAAGACUGCGCUUUCCAAUGCUGUGAUAUCUUUAUCAAAAAGUUGCCUUCAAGCUUAUGCCAUCAUGACUCACUUUAUGCAUUGUUGGAUUCACUAAGCAUGCUGUUUGAUAGUGUAUCUGAUUUUGAGACAAGAAAGUACGAUCCGAGAUUCGAGUUUACCUUGAGAACUAGUGGUAUCAAAGUGUUGUUAACGGAUUCUGAAGAGUGGAGAAAAUCCACUUUUGAAAGAUUAGUUAUUGCCGCUAGGGAAUGGACCAAGAUCUUAUUACGUACUUCUAAUCAAGAUGGUAAGAUCUUACUACAGUCAUAUAUUACCGACGUUACUGAUUUGCAGAACACCAACAGUGUAGAAUAUGGUGUUUCUUUUGCUCUUGAACUAGCAGGUACGAUUUUAUCUGCCGACCGUGAGCUAUCAAAAAUCGGUUAUACCAACAUAAACGUGAAACCAAACAGUUUGUCAGGAUUCUUGUCACAACAUGCAUGGAGAUCUAAAAUUCUCACCGAAAGAAGUACCAUGUCUUCUCCUGAAGACAUUAACACCGAACGUGUUAAUUUGAAGAACAGUAUUGUGACGAAGUUAGUUGCCAAUCAAGAGAUAGACGAUGUCUCCAUUACGGACUUCUUAAGUCUAUGCGGUGUCUUGCUUAUUAUGAGACGAGGCGAAUCAGCGUCCCUAAUUUAUGACCUUGUAUCUAUUCCCUUCCAAACGUUCCACAGCAAUACUAUGAAAGUGGCUACAAAUGUUUGGCUUUCGUUCAUCAAGGAGCGUAAAGAUGUUGCACAUUUGCUUGUCUCUGAAAUCGCCACAUUUUGGUGUAAAUCCAUCAAUGAUAAGUUCGGGUUGUACAACCGUUCCAUUGAUAAGCAGGAUGUUGAAUUUGUGAAGAUGGAAUACAAACCUUAUGAUAUGGAUGCAAUCAAAAAGGAAAAUAAGAGAGUAAGUGGGGUGUUGAAGCCUCAUUUACACGUAAUUAGAUUCUUUGCAUCCCAUUUCGAAGCUACCGUAUACGAAAGUGAUCAUCUUUUGAAGUUAUUCACCCAUGUAGCGUAUCAUGGUGUUUCUAACCUAGAGCAUGCUAGUUUACAUCCAUUUGCAAGAAUGGUCCGUCAUGAGCUAAUUAGGUUUGCUAUCUUAGUAUUACUAGUCAAUGAGAAGAAGAACACAAGCGACGUGAAAAAACUAGCUCAAGCGCUUGUCAAGGGUGCUUUGUCUUGGUUUAAAGUUCGUCCAACUUGGCCACUAGGAGGCAAUGAAGCAAAAAUCAAGGCCGAUUUAACUCUAAUGGUUGAUUUAUAUCAGCAAUUCAAAAACCACUCCCAGUUAUUAGUAAAGCAUACUGGGAACUCUUACGUCCUAUUGGAGUAUUUCAUGCUGAACGAGGUGUUCCUCUUGCGUACAUGGUUAAAACCAUUUGCUAAGCACGAAAAUGAAGAUCUAAAACUUCCAGCUGAACUAGUUUCACAUGCCUUCUCCUUGGAUUGCAAUUUAGCUGUGAAUUUAUGUGAACGAUUCAACAAUGAGACAAAAUACACCGAUAAGCUUGGUAAGCUCAUUAGGAAGAACCCUGUGGACAGUUGUCAUGUCCACACUGCGAUGACGUAUUUAUUAAAAGAAUGUGGCCCCGGAGCAACAGAGCAUUCCGUCCCACAUGAAGUUGUGUAUUGGGUACCAGUCUCACCGUUAUCAUCGAUCAACCUAUUCUUACCACCAUGGAAUAGGAACAGAUUCUUGUUGCAAUACAAUUUACGUGCAUUGGAAUCGCAUGACGUAGAGAACACAUUCUUCUACGUACCUCAAAUUGUUCAAUGUCUAAGACACGACGAGGACCAAUACGUAGCGAGAUUCAUUCUCGACACCGCGAAGAUCAGUCUUCAAUUCUCUCAUCAAAUCAUUUGGAACAUGUUAGCAAACGAGUACCAGGACGACGAGGCUACCAUAGAGGAUCCAAUAAAGCCCACCCUGGAACACAUUAGGGCAAAGAUGAUUGAUACGUACGAUGACGAGGCAAAACAAUACUACGAGAGAGAAUUCACCUUCUUCAACGAUGUUACCAGCAUUUCUGGUAAAUUGAAACCUUACAUCAAGAAGACAAAGGCGGAGAAGAAAGCCAAAAUUGACGAAGAGAUGAGUAAGAUUGUAGUUCAGAAGGACGUCUACUUGCCAAGCAAUCCAGAUGGAAUUGUCGUUGAUAUCGACAGAAAGAGCGGUAAGCCUUUACAAUCGCAUGCCAAGGCUCCCUUCAUGGCCACGUUCAGAGUGAAAAAGGACGAUUCUGAGGAGAAAUGGCAGAGUGCCAUUUUCAAAGUUGGUGACGAUUGUAGACAAGACGUGUUGGCGUUACAACUGAUCUCUUUGUUCAGAUCCAUUUGGUCACACAUCGGACUAGACGUGUACGUCUUCCCCUACAGAGUCACUGCCACUGCACCAGGGUGCGGUGUCAUCGACGUCUUACCAGACUCCAUAUCAAGAGACAUGUUAGGCCGUGAAGCUGUGAAUGGAUUAUACGAAUAUUUCAUCAGUAAAUUCGGUAACGAGAGUACCAUUGAAUUCCAAAGAGCAAGAAACAACUUCGUGAAAUCCUUAGCCGCUUACAGCGUCAUCUCCUACCUACUACAAUUCAAGGAUAGACACAACGGUAAUAUCAUGUACGACUCACAGGGCCAUUGUCUACACAUUGAUUUCGGUUUUAUAUUCGAUAUCGUGCCUGGGGGAGUGAAAUUCGAAGCCGUGCCCUUCAAGCUAACAAAAGAGAUGGUCAAAGUCAUGGGCGGUAGCCAACACACCCAGGCGUUCAGCCAAUUCGAAGAUCUAUGCGUUGCAACUUUCCUAGGUAUAAGACCCUACAUGAACGUGAUCAUCGAUGGAAUAGUACCCAUGCUAGAGAGCAGCUUACCCUGCUUUAAAGCACAAAAGACAAUCAAGAACUUGAGAAACAGGUUUGUUCCGGGUAAGUCUCCUCAGGAAGCCGCCCAACAUAUGAGACAGUUGAUCCGCCGGUCCUACGAAUCGAUGUUUACAAAGGGUUACGAUGAGUUCCAAAGGUUGACGAACGGAAUUCCAUAUUGA